AUUCCUCUAUUGCACAAUUUGUUUUAUAAUUUUACAUAGAUAAAUAGAUUUUUCUUUCCCAAUUGACACCUCUUCCCCGGAGAACAUUACUCCACGGCAGCGAGAUGAAGAAGAAAUGAGCCAAUUUCAUAUCGCCGAGCCCCAUUCGCAGCGUAUGGCCACCCAACUCCAACUUAAUAUAAGUGGGGAUACUGCGUCGGUACUGCAGAAAAUCCUUGAAAGCCUUGGUAGGAUAGAAUCUCGGCAAGAAGACAUGAUAAAUCGGUUAUCAGCUGUAGAAAGCGCUCUUGCUGAGAAGAUGCCAGAACGUGCGGAGAUCCAAGCACAAGGUCAAUUGUUGCGGGAGUGUAAGGUGCUCUCGGCAAAAACCCACCGCAGUGUAAGCCGCAUCACUGGCGAAGGAGUGAGCGAGGAGCAGACUCUGUUGCAAAGCUUGUUCCCAAUGUGGUCAGAGGAAACAUUGCUGAAGGUGGAGGAGCACCUUACACUCCAAGCUUACUCUGACGCUAUGACGGCCAUUAUUCUAAAUAUAAAAUCUACCAAGGACUCGAUAGAGAAGGUGAUGCAGUCCUUAUUUAGUGAUGAGUUGGUGUGGCUGUACAACUACGAAGGAAAAGCUGGAAAAAAGGCCCUAAACAAAUUAAGAAUAGUGGAUAUCAUUCUCGUUUUUAUUUUUAUUUUCAGUAAUAUGUCUUUUAUAAUAUUUUUCCACUCUUUUAUUUUCAGGUUUUAAUAACUUUUAUUUUAUUUUCAGUAAUUUGUCUUUUAUAAUAUUUUUCCACUCUUUUAUUUUCAGGUAUUUGUCUUUUAUAAUCUUUUUUCACUUUAUUUUCAGCUAAUAAUAAUUCUUUUCUGUAAUUAAUCUUUUUUCAGAUGAAAUUCUUUUUUUAAAUUAAAUAUAUUUUUAUUCAUGAAAUGUUAGCGUUAAAAUAAUUAAUUACAAUUUUAUAUAAAUACUUAUGUAAAUACAUAUUUAUUAAAAAUAAUAAAUUUAAUAAUUUAAAAAUAAAAAAAAUAAAAAAAUAAAGUUAAAGGAUAUUAGAGCAGGACAGAUAUACUUCCUUAUAUAACACUGCUGAAUGAGCGCAACAAAGAUGUCUGAUCACAUGUAUACGUACGUGAGUAGGUAAAAUAUCUGCCAGGCUUAAGAAACAUUCUAUAUGUUUACAACCAUGUUACCCGCUAAUUAUCUGGAGUUUUACCCGCUCAUGGUUG